UAUUCUCCGUGCGCGCGUGAAGAGUGGGCGUGUUUGUGGCGCGAGGCAGCGCUGGUCUGGUGAGGAAAUACGAUCACUGCACUUCACCUGCUUUAGUUUCUGCACUUGCGGGACGUGAAACGAGCCCAAUGGACCCACAGUACACCGAGCUAGAACUGGCCCUGAACAUCCUGGUCACAAACUUUCAUUCAGCUUCAGCAACUCAUGCUGACACUCUCACAGUCCAGGAAUUCCAGAACAUGCUCUCUAAAGAGCUGCCCAACAUGGUGAAGACAUCAGGGGACCAGGAAGGGACAAACAAACUCAUGAAGGACAUGGGCAUGGAAGAGGGGGAGGGAGUCAUGUUCAAGGAUUUUUGGCAGCUGGUGAAUUCUCUGGCCAAUACUCAAUGUGGGCUGCAGAGCAAAGAGAAGCAGGUGAAAUGUGUGAAAUGUAUUCUGCUCUGAGACAGGCCCAGGUCAGUGCUCAUCAUGGCCCUUGAGCAAACAAAACCAAUCUACAUUGCAUAUGUGUCCACCAUGUCCAAUCAGUCACCUCUUUUUCCCAUCCCUCUGCAAUAUUGUACUGUACAUAUCGCUCUGCUGGUCUUGGGUAUAUUCACUGAGGUCUUACAGUAUCAUAAUUAACUGUUGUUAUGGAGCUCCCUAAGUAAAUACUCAACAAGAUCUUACGACAUGCAAGACUGCAAGUAAUCUCUACCAUCAUUGUAACCUGAGCCACACCUACCUGGCUUGAUAAUGUACAAUUGAUUUAUCUAUCUGUUUUGGUGCUGCAGGUUUUUGUAUUAUUGUGUCACUUUCGACCUAGACAAUAUUUUUUACUUUCUUUUAUACAUAAGUAAAAAAAAAAAUAGGAGAAUACUUGUUUGAAUAUGUGUUUGAUGGGACAACUGUGAUGAUUCUUGCAUAAUUAUGGGCCACAUACAGUACUGUGCAAAAGUUUUGUGCACAUGUUAUUUCACAAAAACAUUUGUCUUAAGAUGGUUAUUUAUAUCUUCAGCUUGAGUGUGUUGAUAGGACAUAUACAUUUUAGACUCCCAAAUAUUCCUUUUGCAAAUAGAAUAGAAUAGAAGAACAGGGAGCCCUGCAACUGAUGGCAUGGCCCCCACUAAACAUUGAGCCAGUCUGGGAUUUCAUGAAGAGACAGAAGCAAUUGAGAAAACCUAAACAGAUAGAAGAACUGUGGUGAAUUCUCCAAGAAAUUUGGAACAUCCUAUCUGCCAACAACCAAGAAAAACUGUGUCCUGGUGUACCUAAGAUAACUGGUGCUGUUUUGAAGGCAAAUGUGGUCACACCAAAAACUUAUUUAGCUUUUCUUUUUUUUUUUUUUUUACUGGAAUUUGUAUGAUGUUAAUUGAUAAAUGGCAUUAUUUUUUAAGACAUCCUCACUAUGCAAAAUGUGUCACAAGUGCCUAAAUCUUUUGCAUAGUACUGUAUUUGUUGGUGUUUGCUAAUUUUCAUGAAUCAGAAAUGAGAUGAUGUGAUUAAAGUGUUAUAGGCAGAAAAAGAGAUGUGACGCCACAUAUUCUGUAAUGUAUUUGGCUUUACUGUAACACAAUUUGAUUAUCUUUGUUGACACUAUUAAAUAUGUUGCAACGGUUUUAUCACUCUCAUUGAUCUGUAAAGUUCAGGCUAUAUUGGAGAUAGGUCUAAUGUAGAUACUCCCCUGUCUUUAUUGACCUAUUUUUAAUAUAAAUAAUUAAAACAAAAACGGUUAUCAAACAAAAUCAGCUCUAUUUG